GCACUCCUUGGAGUUGCAAAUACUUGAGACCCCUGCACACAGGGAAAGCCUUGGAAAAACAAAUAAAUCAAAGCUCUAACACAGAGAAUCACUGAAUCUUGAAAGUAGGAACCUCUCUGAUAAAUCUGAUUGGUUUGAGUCUUCAAUCGAAAACCAUGAAGGCCCGUCGACCCAGCUGCGCCGACUCUGGAUCCGAAUCUUCAGAGCUGGACUCCAAGAGCCCGGAGAAGUACGAGACUGCCACGAGGCGCCGGAUGGCUGCCAACGCCAGAGAGAGGAAGAGGAUGCAGGGCUUGAACACAGCCUUUGAUCGCUUACGUAAGGUGGUCCCACAGUGGGGCCAGGACAAGAAGCUGUCCAAGUAUGAAACGCUGCAGAUGGCCCUCAGCUACAUCGUGGCCCUCAACCGGAUCCUGACAGAUGCCAGGAGGCACACUGGUCCUCACAGGCAGUGGCUGGACCUGCAGUUUGACUGCGUGCAGCCUGAAAACUACUCCUGCCUCAUGAGGUACGACUCCGCUACCGGACAGGAGUAUAUCCACUCAUCGCUCUCGUAUCAGUUUGACGGGCACGAGGUGCACGCGUAAACUGCUCCAUUGAGUAGAUAAUCAGUCAUGUUGUUGGAUGUGAAUGACAAUGUGAAUCAUUCUUCUCCAGUCUAGGAGACAGUAAAUACAUUUGUAUUGCAUUAUUUUCAUUUUGAAU